AAAUAUGGUUAAAAUCAGAGCUAGCUUAAAGCGAUGAAAUAGGCGGAGGUUCCAAACUUCAACGUACGUAGGCUGCAUAUUAUAUUAUCAUCUCCAUGUUUACGAUAACAUCAAAAAUAUAAUAUCUCAUGAUAUUAGAUGGCGAUCUAUUGGUGAAACUCCAGCUUUCGAUUUUGUUAAUUAGACUGUAGAGUCAAUUUCAUCAAAUUUAUCAACAAUCUCUGCAUUACUGAAGACAAGACCAUAAAGACAUUAGUAUGGGAGAGGAAGAAACCCUAGGAGGAGAGCAAGGAAGCUGUCUUGCAGCUCCUGUCAUCUUUCUCAUCAUUGUGUUUUUCCAGUUCAUCUCCAUGCGGCUUGAGCACUUAAAGAAGAAAGCAUCUAAGAAUGCUACAGAAGUUCAGUUGCGUGCAGAAAUAAAGCAGCUCUUGAAAGAGGCGAGCGCCUUUUCAGAGCCAUCAACAUUUGCUCAGGCUGCAAAACUUAGGAGGUUAGCAGCUGCAAAGGAGAAGGAACUUACAAAUCGUGAAGAAAUGCACAACAAGCAGAUCAAGCUUUCUCAUGAUUUAUACCUCAAACUAAUAUUUAUCUUAAAGAUUGUGACAUACUUCAUGCUGAUUUGCUGGUUUUGGAGGACUCCUGUUACUGCAAUAUCUCAGCAAUUGGUGCAGCCCUUUGGAAAGUUACUAUCUUGGGGUGCUGGAGGUUGUUUAAAUGAUAAUGUAUUGGUUGGCAUUAUACCAUGGUUGAUAUUAUCUACAAGGGUUAGCAAAUUUAUCAAUCGAGUUUUCCAGUAGAAUGAGGAUUGUAAAUGAUGUGCAUAUCUUGGUCGGACGAAGAAAAAGAAAAGGCAAUGGUGUGGUUCAGUUUAUAUUCCAACAGAGAAGAAGGCUGAUGACUUUGACGCCGUUUGUCCCUGCAUGUCUUGAACAUUUAUUGUUUUAUUUGGUCUCUGUAAAUUCAAUUUUGGUGGUAGUAAUUGGAAAAUCAGCCUCUUGUAACACAUUCUUUCUUCUUCUGAAAAACUUAGGGAUGUGCUUUGGGUGUGGCUGAUUGAUGA